AUGGACGUAGUGACGCCGCACAUCAGCUCCGUGCUGAAGACGUACCAGGCGAGCGCGCCGCGCAGCCUGCAGGGGCCGGGGCGGGGGCGCGCGGCGGCGCCGCAGCAGCCGGCCCGGGCGCCGCCGCCGCCGCCCGCGCCCGCCGCGCCGCCCAUCCUGCUCGCCGCCGACCCGGUGCUGGGCGAGCGCGGCGAGACGCUCCUCGAGGGCGAGCCCAUCUCGUGCUUCAGCGUGGGCGGCGAGCGGCGCCUCUGCCUGCCGCAGAUCCUCACCUCGGUGCUCACGGACUUCAGCCUCGAGCAGAUAAACCGCGUGUGCGACGAGCUGCAGAUCUACUGCUCGCGCUGCACGCCCGAGCAGCUGCACGAGCUGAAGUCGACGGGCGUGCUGCCGCGCUCGGCGCCCUCGUGCGGGCUCAUCACGCAGACGGACGCGGAGCGGCUGUGCGCGGCGCUGCUGCACUCGCCGGCGGCGGCGGCGGCCGGCCGCGGCCGCCCCCUGCCCGGCUUCCGCGUCUACCACGAGUGCUUCGGCGGCGCGCGCGGCGUGUGCGCGCCCCACAGCGGGCUCGUGCAGUGCGCCGAGUGCCGCGCGCUCUACGGGCCGCGCCGCUUCGUGUGCCACUCGCACGCCACCGAGCACCGCACCUGCCACUGGGGCUUCGAUUCGGCGCGCUGGCGCCGCUUCCUGCUCGUAGCGGACGAGGAGGCCGAGCGCGACAAGUGCGCCGCGCUGCUCGACGAGCUGGCCGCGCGCGACCACGCGAACGCGCACGCGCCCCUCAAAAGGAAACAGGUCGGUCCC